CGCGUGCCCUUGUUUCUGGCGCGUGCUCCGUCCUUCAGCAGAAUCACUGCGCGCGAUAACGCGUCAGCAUCAAGCAAAGGAUAACUAAUAUUUCCAAUGAAUGAUACGUCUGAUAGCUGACGAACUGCACGAGCUUGAUCCACUCUGGCAUCGCUGAUCCAUAUAUCAGGGGGAGACGGGGCGCGUUUGAGGUGUAUAUAUCCACUGGAGUAGCUGUUUUGCAGAGUUUUUGUUGAGUUUUUGAACCAUGGCGAAGAACAACAGCCUCCAUCCAAACAGCAAUGGAGAGACGGACGACUCGCCAAACAUGCUGGUUUACAGAAAGAUGGAGGAUGUGAUUGCCAGGAUGCAGGAUGAAAAAAACGGCAUACCUAUCCGUACAGUGAAGAGUUUCCUAUCCAAGAUUCCCAGUGUCUUCUCUGGCUCAGACAUUGUCCAGUGGCUGCUGAAGAAUCUAUGUAUCGAGGAUCAAGUGGAGGCUCUUCAUCUGGGCACACUGAUGGCGGCUCAUGGCUACUUCUUCCCCAUCUCUGACCAUGUGCUCACUAUGAGAAUACUUUUUGUGCACAAAAGAAACCCCCCCCCCGACUUUAUUGAACGAUUCCUUUUUGUUUUUCUAAACUUUGAUUAUUUGAAACUCCUCACCACUCGGUGUCUGUCUGCAGCUGUGUACUUGUGCAAAAGAACAAUGCAGAACAAAGCACGUCUGGAACUUGCUGAUUACGAAGCUGAGAGUUUAGCACGACUGCAGCGGGCAUUCGCCAGGAAAUGGGAGUUUAUAUUUAUGCAAGCAGAGGCUCAAGCAAAAGUCGAUAAGAAAAGAGACAAAAUUGAGAGGAAAAUACUGGACAGUCAGGAGAGAGCUUUCUGGGAUGUGCACAGGCCAGUGCCAGGGUGUGUGAACACAACAGAAGUGGACAUAAAGAAAUCCUCCAGAAUGAAGAACCCUCACAAAACAAGAAAGUCUGUGUACGGCCUUCAGAAUGACAUUCGCAGCCAUAGCCCCACCCACACACCAGCCCCUGAGGCCAAGCAACCAACCGAGGAAGAGCUUCGGGAACAGAUCAAGUUUGGGCAAGCACAGUUAGACCGACAUCGAUUGAAAAUGUCCAAAGUUGCAGAGAGUUUGCUGAGUUAUACCGAACAGUAUUCAGACUAUGACCCCUUCCUGUGCACUCCUGAUCCAUCUAACCCCUGGAUAUCAGAUGACACAACAUUCUGGGAGAUGGAGGCCAGUAAAGAACCAGGUCAGACUAGAGUUAGACGAUGGGGUUUUGGAAUCAAUGAGGUGUUGAAAGAUCCCAUUGGGAGAGAGCAGUUCCUCAAGUUCCUGGAGUCUGAAUUCAGCUCGGAAAACCUCAGAUUCUGGUUGGCAGUGCAGGAGUUAAAGAAGAGGCCGAUCCGUGAGGUGCCAACACGGGUGCAGGAGAUCUGGGAGGAGUUUUUGGCUCCCGGAGCCCCCAGUGCCAUCAACGUUGACUCGAAGAGCUACGGCAAAACCACACAGAACAACGUCAAAGACCCCGGACGAUAUGCUUUUGAGGAUGCACAGGAACACAUCUAUAAGCUGAUGAAGAGUGAUUCUUACAGCCGUUUUAUUAGAUCCAGUGCCUACCAGGAGCUUCUGCAGGCUAAGAAAAAGGGAAAAUCUCUGAUAUCGAAGAGGCUGCCUGCUGUCGUCCAAUCUUGCUGAGCCUCAAACAAUCCACCAAGGAUGAGGACGCUGUCAUCUUCAUCUCUGUCGUCUGAUUGAUCCAGAUCCCAAAUACCCUGGACAAUGGACCAAAUCACUUGCAUGUCCAAGAGACUGAAUUUUUACAUCAGUUUCUACUUGCUACUUGCUAGUUUCAGUCUUUAAGACAGUUAGACAUGGACUUCUAAUAUUUGGGAAAUGCAUCAAUGUCUUUCAAAAGAGGAAAGUGAUCUUCUCCUCUCCUCUUCUGUCUGUCAGGGCUGUCUCAAACUGUAGACUGAUCAAAUGAUGUCAAAACCAGAAAAUGUAAAGUCAUAAAAACCACAGUUAAAUAGCAGCAUAGGUACAUUGUGUAAAAUCAAGAAGCUUUAGACACAGAGAUGAUCUCUUCCUACUCACCUUUCAUCUCUUUUUGCGUUGAUUUUAUUGCACUUUAAAGGAUUUAGCACACGUUUGCUUAUCGCUCAUGUGAAGUCGCAUGGGAUAUAUCUGAAAGCGACUGGUCUUGCAUUCUGUCUCAUUGGUUCUUUGUUGGCUCCCUCCGUUUAUUUUUUUAUACCAUGUGUAAACA